GGCGCUUCCCCGGUUAGAGAUCAGUAGAGCGGAGGAGCAGCGGGAGGAAAAUAGAGAUUUUAGGGGUUUUUAGGGAUUUUUCCGGGUUUAAUGAGGAAAAUUUAAGGGCACUUUAUUAAUAUCAGCCCUUUUCCCCCGCGGAUCUCAGCGUUUACGGAUCAGAACCGGACCUACAGAACCUCGGCAGGAUGGUGGUGGUGAGCGCCGGGCCCGCAGGAGCCCAUAAAGUCCUGCUGAUCUCCGGGAAGCAGGGCUCCGGGCCGCUCGGCCGCUCCGUCUCCGUCCUGCUGCCGCCCGCCGCGCACCCCGGCUCGGACUCCGACUGCAGCUCCACCGCGCCGCCGCUCCGCAAGCGCCAGCGCCUCACACACCUCAGCCCGGAGGAGAAAGCGCUGCGGCGGAAGCUGAAGAACCGGGUCGCGGCUCAGACGGCGAGAGACAGGAAGAAAGCUAAGAUGGGGGAACUGGAGCAGCAGGUCCUGGAGCUGGAGCAGGAGAAUCAGAAGCUUCACAUGGAGAAUGAGGUUCUGAGGGAGCGAGCGAGUGAUCUGCUGAGCGAGAACCAGGAGCUGAGACAGAGACUGGGGUUAGAUACCCUGGAGACGAACGUGAAGGUUCAGGCGGUGGAGUCCAGGGCGAGUGAUUUGGUUCUGGUGACCGGGUCUUCUGAGUCUGCAGUACUCAGGCUACGUGUGUCCGCAGCAGGUACAGGCCCAGCCGUCAUCAAAUCUGAAGAUCUCACCAUGGAUCCUCACACUGCUCACCAUCCAGACCCUGAGUCUGAUCUCCUGCUCGGCAUUCUGGACAUCCUUGACCCAGAUCUGUUCCUCAAGGCUGGUCUCCAGGAAGCAGCAGCAGCAGCAGAUCUGGAGCAGCAGCAGCAGCUGGUUCUGGUUGGAUCAGCCGGAGAGCCGCUACCUGCCGCCGCACCUGGAGCUCUGGGGGCCGCACCAGUUAAGCUGGAGGCCCUUAAUGAACUGAUCCAGUUCGACCACGUCUACACCCGGCCGGCGGAGGAGCGGCAGGAGAGCGAGGAGGAAGAGGAGGAGGAGGAGGAGGUGAAGAUGGAGGAGGUGCAGGACGAGGUCUUCGCGCUGUCUCAGGAGGAGGUGGAGGUGGAGACGGUGUCGGUGAAGGACGAGCCGGAGGAGGAGCUCGUCCCCGCGGCGGAGAGCGUCUCGGUCGGGGUGGACGAGUUUCUGUCUCCGUCUCUCGGCGAAUACGAGAAGACGGCGUAUCUGACGGCCGAUUCCUACAGUGACUCUGGAUACGAGAGGUCCCCGUCCCCCUUCAGCGACAUGUCGUCCCCCCUCUGCGCCGACGUGUCCUGGGACGACAUGUUCGCUAACGAACUCUUCCCACAGCUAAUCAGCGUCUAGAUCAGAGAUUAACUCAAUUAAUCAGAUUGUCAGAUUACAGUGAAUCUCAGCUUUCACUGUAGUAUAACCAUAAACCUGUGCUUCAUAUUGAUGUACAAACUUUCUGUUUUCGUUAUUCAGACCAAAGCAGCGCCGCUUAGCCCGUUAUUAGCUUAGCAUUAGCUAAAGACGCGGGACAUUUAAAACAUCAUAUAAAGAAAAUUAUUGUGAGAAUUGGAAUGGAUCAGGUGAUUCAUGCUCAGUAUUUUUUACGCUGUGGGAGGGAACGUGGGAGAAUCUAUUUAUUUGUACCUUUUAUUCCAGAGUUCUGUAUGUAAUCUGUCGGCUCAUGAUGAGGCUUAUUGUUGUAUAAUGUAAUUUUAUUAUCGCUCUCCUCGUAGAAUCAUUUACUGCAUUAAACUAAAUCUUUGCAUCA